GACUUGUUUAUAUAAACAGAAGAAUAAACUAUUUACAAAAUGGCACAAAUAUGGAUGGACGACGAAAAUGCAGUUGCCCACAUGCUGCCCCGUUCGGCCCGCAAGGCAAUGGCCGACAAUGCACUGCAGCAGUCCGCCAAAAAGAGCGUGCUCAGCAAAUUAGACAAUAUGCUGUACAACAAACCGCAUUUGACGCCCUUCAAAGGCGCCAAUGCAAAAUUUCCUGCGAGCUGCGCGCCAAAAAUUUCGCUUUGCAAAGAAACGUUGCAAAAACAGCAUCGGAAAUUGCCACAAAAGUCAGAUGCGCCGCAGCUGCUGGAGACGCACUUCAAGGCGCCGCAGUCGACUCCGAAUGUUGCCAACGAUCUUUAUGCUAAAAGCGCUGAGGCCACAAAUGAUUUCGAUUUAUUUGAUUUUAUGGAUUUCCCCUCGGCGAAAUGCUUGAAAAAUUGCCAAAAACCCCUCACAUAUAAGAAUUUCGAGCCCCUCCUCAACGAGGAGCUAAUAGCUAAAUUGCUAAACAACACAAUGGAAAUGGAUGAGGAACUUUUGGUAGAAACUCCAAGUCAUCCUGAUCUGGAAACGGACGAUAUAGCCUGGCAGCCAAUAACAUAUAAAUCGACUGAAUUUGAGGAACCCUUAAAGGAUAUAUUCGAUUUGCCAUUGCCCGCUAAUUUCUAUUUUGCAGACUUCGAGCGGGAGCCUUAGGAAAACAAAGUCUAAAAAUUAGUACGAAAAACUUUUGUUUCAAUUAAUAAUUUAUAUUUUUAAGCUAUAAAAAACAAAACUUUCUUGUUGCUGUACGAAAUAUUAGUGUUCUAUGUUAUAAGUCCAUCGACU